AUGGUUCAGCCGCCAUUAUAUCGGAGUUAACUCUUCCUCCUUGUUGAAACACCACUCAGCGAUGGCUUCGGGAACUAACAGCCCUCCAGAAAAAAGCAAGAAUGUCACAGAAAGUAACCCAGUUCCAGGAGGGACAGCAUAUGACUUUGCGCAAACCAAACCAGGAAAAGAUCUAAUUAAUAACCCAGGCAACCCUGUUUUCUCCUGCCCCACUGAAGUUCAGUUAAUUAACCAAACAACAACAGGGACUCAGGAAGGAGAUUGGUUUGAUGGUUACAAAGCAAAGAAGCAACACCCAAUGUAUAUGACAAGUGGAAUGGAGUAUGGGAGUCAUCGUCCAACAGUUCAUACCAUGCCUACAAGUUUUUAUGCAAAGAGCCAAAAAUUCUCUGAACACUUAGGGACAUGUGGAAUGUACAGAAAUCAGUCUCUGAAUACCUCUAUGGAUAAAAGUAUUGUUUGAAACAGCACUUUUAUUCUUUUUUCCAGGGGAAAAUACUAAUCUUGACAAACCAAAUAUGUAAAUAUGUAAGUUUUUGUUUUAGUCUCCUUGAUUAAAAUUUUUCCGGAGUAACAGGA